AGGCCAAGGUUGGACCAGCAAGAGAGAGAAAGAGAGAGAGAGUUUCCAAGCUAAAAUUGAGAACCACAGUCCUGGGAGAGGGUGAGCGUCUGUGACUUUGAGAGAAGGCAAACAGAGACAGAGAUAUUCGCAUAGCAGGAAGUUUUUGUACAAUACUUUAUCCUGAUCGACACCCGCAGGACUUCGUUUGAGAACAAGGCACCCAGGAGUGACUAAGUUUGAAAGUAACUCACAGCCCAAAGCAUCUGCAGUCUCUGCCUUUCGCUCCAGAGGAAACAAUUUGGUGCUGAAGAUUUCAACAAGGAUAUCUGCAGAACUAUCUCAUGACCUGAAGAAAUGCUCUGGCCACUUUAGUGUGGCCUACUUUGUUUUUGAAGCUCCUUCCAUGCAAAGCUUCUCAAACCUCCUGGAACCUGAGAUGUAUUGGGAUGUUGUCCAAAAUGAAACUGAUGAAGACAACAUGGCCCUUCAAAAUGGAACGGGUCCUGUGGCCAUGGGAAGCAAGCAGUCCACCUUGGGUAACCUGCUCCUCAAUCAGUCCCCAACUAUAGAAAACAUUCAGUCGGCAUACAAAGAAGGGGAAUCUGCCAAAGCUCGGGACCUUGUUCGCCUAUCUUGUGAGGGGACCAAAUGUAAAGUGGAGAAGUACGAGCUGUUAAACAUCACUGCAGCAUAUGGGGAUUUGGAGAUGGUGCAAUAUCUGCUUCAGGAGGCACAGGUGGAGUUGCCAAGGAAACCAAGUGAUGAGAAUCCAGCUGUUGUUGCUGCGUACUGUGGUCAUAAGGAGAUUGUCAGAGAGUUCCUGAAUUCAUUGCCAGACUCGAGCAAGUACAAGGAUCUGCUGAGCUGGAUGCUUGCCACAGCCUGCAAGCAAGGACAUCUGGAGGUAGUGCAGCUCUUAGUACGUGAAUACAAGGCGGACACAGACAGCUGUGCGAUGAAGGCAGAUAACCUUCCAGUCAUUACUGGGUCACCAUUGUAUGCAGCUGUAAGGACAGGGAAUGAAGAGAUUGCAGGAUUUUUACUUCAGAACGGAGCCCUCUUCUCUUCUUACAUCAUAAUGGAUCACCCUGAAUUCAGCAAGCGACUUCUAAGAAAGUAUUUUACGGAGGAAAGCAGCAAGUAUCAAGACACCCUUACACAAACAGGUCUUUCGCUGAAAUGGUCUGAGCUGAAGCUUCCCUGGCUGGAGCUGGACUGGUUCAUGGACAUCUCCAGCCAAAUAACAGAACUGGACCUGCACGCCAACAACUUGACAUUCCUUCCUUCGAUUAUUCCCUGGGGAUUAGUACAUGUGAAAAAACUGAAUCUGUCUGAAAACCAUCUCAAGGAAUUGCCCAACACAGCUUCAUCUGAAGAAAUUCUCUGCACAGGGAUACUUGAGAUUGAUGUUUCGAGAAACCAAUUGACCUGCUUGCCUUCUGGAUUUUUACAUCUUACAAAACUUCAGAAGCUUACAGCUUUCAGAAAUGCAAUGGACAAGUUAUUUGAUGAACAAAAAGCAACAAACUGGAUUGGAUUGAGAAAGCUUCAAGCGAUUGAUAUUUCAGAAAACAAACUUGAGUGUUUGCCGACAAUCUUUGUGCACUGUUUCAAGUCUCUUAUCAGCCUGAACGCAUCUCAAAAUGCACUAAAGCAGAUUCCAGAACCGUGGGCCUGCCCUCUGGAAUCCUGCAACAUGUCUCAGAACUUACUGGAGCAACUUCCAAGCACUUUAUGCGUCUUCUGGAGAAAGAGUCUUAAAGAGGCAGAUUUUGGUGACAAUUUACUGAAAGAAGUCCCUCAAAACCUCUUUGAGCUUCAGGCUUUGCAUUCAAUGAGGUUGUGUGGAAAUCAAUUAGCUGUACUUCCUUGUCCAGACAAGUGGCAAUGUGUCCUCCUGAAAUCCCUCGAUCUUUCUAAAAAUCAACUGGGAAAGGGUGAACAGGUAACUAGGAAUAGAAAAUCCGGUUUUUUUACUACACGAUCGAAAAGAAAUUCAGAGGCAGUUCCAUCUGUCGAAUUCCCACAAUUUCUUGGCGAAUGCUUAGAGGUUCUACACCUGGACAACAAUUUUCUUGAUUCAGUCCCUCAGUCUGUGUGUUGGUUGAAAUCUCUUUCAGAGCUCUACCUUUCCAACAAUCCUGGUAUCCGUGAUCUCCCACCUGAGCUUGGACAGCUAGCUAAUCUCUGGCAGCUGGAUAUCGAGGAGUUAAAUAUUACUAACGUCUCCGCAGAGGUCAGGAAGGAAGGCCCUGUAUCAGUGCUUGGAUAUCUCAGAGCACAACUGAGGAAAGCUGAGCCGUGCAAGCUGCUGAAGAUGAUCAUUGUCGGUCCUCCUCGACAGGGGAAGUCCACUCUCUUAGAAGUUCUGCAUUCAGGAAAGCCCCCUCAAGCCAUGUUGAAAGAGAACAGCAUCCAGACCACUACCUGGGAGCUCCAGCGCCCGGCUGCUGUCAAAGCCAAGGUGGAUUCAAUUGCGUUUAACGUGUGGGAUGUGGGAGGCCCGGUGAUAAUGUCAACGGUCAAUCAGUGUUUCUUCACUGACAUGGCUCUGUAUGUGGUCGUGUGGAAUUUGGCUCUUGGCGAGGAAGCUGUCGCAAACUUACAGUCCUGGUUAUUAAAUAUCGAGGCAAAGGCAUCAAACGCUACAGUCAUUGUGGUUGGAACACAUCUGGAUUUAAUUGAUAUGAAAUUCCGCACAGAGAGAAUUGCUACACUUCGAGCCUUUGUCCUAGCCCUGUGUCGUGCCCCGUCGGGAACAAGAGCUACUGGAUAUCCUGAUGUCAUUUGCAAGAAUUUGCAUGAGUUUUCAGGCAAGACCUUGGAGGGUUUGGAAGGACUUCGGAAACUGAUCUUUCAAGUGGCAUGUAACAUGAAGGAAGUUGGGCAGUUGUCUGGGUCCCAGAAGUUGGUUGGUAGACUGAUACCACGAAGUCACUUAAGUUUACUGGAUGCCGUCAUAAAGGAGCGAAAGAGAAGAAGUGCUAGCAAUGAGGUGCUGUAUCUAACUGACCAGCAACUUGAGGCAAUCAUGGAGCAAAUGCCAGACAACGAUAUCGAAGACUUUCAGGACCUACAAAGUGCUAUUAGUUUCCUUAUACAAACAGGGGCACUGCUCCAUUUCCCAGACACCAGCCACGGACUGAGAAAUCUUUAUUUCCUGGACCCAGUGUGGUUAUCGGAAUGCCUGGAGAGAAUUAUCAACAUUAAAGCCUCUCGCUCGGUUGCUAAAAAUGGAGUGAUACAAACGAAGGACCUGAGGAUGCUUUUAGUUGGAACCGGAUUCACAGAACAGACGGAAGAGCAGUAUUUUCAGUUUUUAGCUAAAUUUGAGAUUGCACUUCCAGUUGCUAAUAACAGUUACCUUCUGCCUCAUCUUCUCCCAUCAAAACCAGGUUUGGACAUUAACAACCUACGGCAUAAGUUUACAAACACCAUUCAGAGGCUUUUCAAAAUGACGUUUGUGCCUGUUGGUUUCUGGCAACGGUUUAUUGCACGGAUAUUAAUUAGUCUAGCACAGAUGGAUGUCCAGCUCUUUGAGAACGAAAAAAAUUCCAAGCCGACUAGAAACAACAGGGCGUCGCUUUACAGCUUCACCGGAUCCCAGCGUCGCAAUCGCUGCAGCACCUUCCGAGUGAGGAGAACGCAAACCAUUUAUUGGCAAGAAGGACUGCAAAUUAACUACGAUGGCGGCUACCUGAGCGUUCAGUCGUCGGAGGUUAACUGGAAAAAGACAAAAAGCGGAGGAAUAAAGAUCAUAUGCCAGUCGGAAUCAAGAGACUUUUCAGCUGUGGCAUUCCUCACCGACCACGUCAAUUCCCUGUUUGAUCAAUGGUUUCCAGCUCUUACGGCCACAGAAACUGAUGGGACGUUGUUGGUAGAACAGUACAUGCCUUGUCCGUCUUGCACUCCUACAACUGAGGGAGAAACACACACCCAAUUAAGGCCAGAUGGCUUGAACUACUUUAAAAUGGAGGACUGUGUGCUAACUGCCAUAGCGAAGACCCAUAUUGAAUGUCCUAACCACCCUUCUACUCCAGUAUCUUUGGAAGAGUUGGUUCCAGAACUUUUCAUGACUGAUUUUCCAUCUCGGUUAUUUUUGGAAAUUAGUAAAUUAGAAUACAGUGAAAUGGAAAAACAUGUACUCGGUCAAGGGGGUAGUGGAACCAUAAUAUACAAAGCGAUGUACAAGGGAAUACCUAUAGCAGUCAAGAGAUUUCAUUUCAAGAGAUGUCGACGACAAAUUGCUGAUUUGAACACAGAUUCGAUGUUUAGGCAUAUAGAAGCAAUGGAGGCCUUGAGAAAUUUUUCAGAGUUCCGCCAGGAAGCCAGCAUGCUUCAUUCCUUGCAACACCCAUGUAUAGUCUCCUUGAUUGGCAUCAGCAUCCACCCACUCUGUUUUGCAUUAGAGUUGGCUCCUUUGGGUAGUCUCAAUACAGUGUUGGCUGAAUACUCUAAAGGAAUGUCCUUUAUGCCGCUUGGUCAUAUGUUGACUUACAGAAUAGCCUAUCAGAUUGCAGUUGGAUUGUCUUAUCUGCACAGAAAGCACAUCAUAUUCUGUGACCUGAAGUCGGAUAAUAUUUUAGUUUGGACUCUAAAUGCGAGUGAUACAGUGAAUGUGAAAUUGUCAGACUACGGGAUCUCUCGCCAGUCAUUCCACGAGGGAGCACUUGGUGUAGAGGGGACUCCUGGCUAUCAGGCACCAGAAAUCAUGCCUGGGAUUGUUUACGAUGAAAAGGUUGACAUGUUUUCUUAUGGAAUGGUCUUAUAUGAGUUGCUAUCAGGUCAUCGACCUGUCCUUGGUCACCAUCAGAUUCAGAUAGCUAAGAAACUGGCCAAAGGAUUGCGUCCUUCACUAGGUCUCUUAGAGGAAGUGCAGUUCCACAGCUUGCAAACUCUCAUGACUGAAUGCUGGGACACAAAGCCCGAAAAGCGCCCAGCAGCCAACUCUAUUGUCAGAAUGAUGCAGGAUCCUAGUUUUCCAGUGUUGAUGUACACACUAAGCUGUGGGAGACAAAACCUGUUUUACUCUUCUCAAGAACAGGAGCAGACCAUCAUUUUCUGGGAUGGGGAAGGAGAGGAGAGGAAUUACAGUGUGGUGAAUAUAGAGAAAGGACUAAUUGAAGUGGACCGCAUCAGCUGUCCUGGAAUAAGGCUGAGCUGUCAAUUGAAACUACAGACUGCAUUGUGGAUAGCGACGGAGGACCAGAAGAUUCAUGUAUACAGCCUCAAAGGAAUGUGUCCCUUGAAUAAGUUUCUGAAAGUGCUGGAUGUUCCUGCUAUUGUUACCUGUUUCUUGAUGGUGUCAAGUGGAAACCAGAACUCUCCUUUAGUGUUUGCUGGCAUGGCUGAUGGAAUGGUUGCAAUUUAUUCAUUGGCCAGUGAUAUCCCGAAGGACGGCUGCACUUACAUAUGUUCACGUUCGGCAAACAAGUUCCGAUUUAAAAUCACUGAUGAUGAUCCUAAACAGAACGUGUACCAGGUGACUGACAUGAUAGCAGUGAACAAUGGUUCUGAGGUGUGGUAUAGUAAUGGACCAGCAAUCCUGAUUGUGGACAGAUUAACUGCAGAAAUAGUCAGGAGACUGGAAACUUAUCAGGCUCCUUCACAGAUCACAUCAAUGGUGUCCAACCUGGGAUGUAAUGGAGAAGAGGCUAUCUGGUGUCUGGAUGAUAAGACAAAUUGUUUGGUUAUGUACCAUGCUCCUACUUAUCAAAUCUGUGCCCAUUAUUUUUGUAAUGACUGCAAUCCACUAAGAGACAUGUUUACAAUCCAGCAGCCCAUUAAUGCAGUGCCUGCCAUUCACAAGGAGGUGAAUGAAUAUGAUACCCCUGCUGAUGUCAGCAUUAUCAUCAGCAAGGAAGUUGGGACACAGAUAAUAAGACAUUCGGACUCGGUUACAGACUACUGCUCCAUGUCCUCCUGCUCCUCCAUGAGCAACAGAAAUACCAGAUCAUCCUUCAGUGGUCUGAGUUCUCCAACUAGUCCCACAAGUAUUCCUUUUUCCACUGACUGUGAAGAAUCAGACAAGUCGAACACUUCCCCUGACCAGCCUGAGAACAAUGUUUCUCCAACAGCUAGAAAAGACCUAGAGCAUUUACAGGCUGUGACGGUGCUUGCAGUAAAUGACACUAUCUGGAUCCCAAGACGAUGCGGUGAUAUAAUUGUUAUCGAAUUGGAAAAUCAGUCUGGAUCCCAACGAGGCAAAGUGAUAGCCGUGUUGAAGGCUGAACUUUUGACUAAACAUGGUACACUAGUAGAAGCUGCUGUUUUGGGUAAGGAUACCGUAGUGUGUUGCUCUCGAAAUGAAAACAGAGAGUGGUGCCUGGCUGUCUGGAGAGGCUGGGGAUCCAAAGAAUUAGAACUCUUCUAUCAAUCCUACGAAGUACUUGGAAGACUUGAAAUAAAUAUGCGUAAGCGAAGGUAGUCUAACCAGCAUCCCAAUAAAACUACUGUGGGCAAAAAGAUCAUAAGGCAUGAAGAGAAGCUACUUCAGUCAACAGCGAAGUAGAAAAUACUUCAAUCGACAGCACAUUCAUUGUAAAAAGGCAAUGUCUUGCAGACACUUUGAAAAAUCUAUAUUCCAACUAUCAGGCUGCUAAAGAUAAAGCAAAUCAAGCAUACUGCAGUAAAUGAAAAAAAAAUUCAGAAAAACACAGAUUAAGUGUUUUUUCCAAGAAGGCUUUCACUCAAAACGGAACUUUUGUUGCGGUCUUGGCCAGUGGAAAUAAUGGACACGGUUAAUCUGCUGCUUGACAUCUGAAGAGUAUUCCUUAAUUCAGUUGCUGGAAAUAAGAAAUAAUCCACAUGUUAAACCUUGUUUUUGGCAUCCAGUCUUGCUGAAUAUGCAGAUGUUCAUUUUCUACAGUUACCCAACAGUACACUUUCCAUCUAAGUGGACAAAUGUGUUUUCAAUUCAGAUUGUGGAAACUGUUUGCAUUAAAAAUGUGUCUUCUUAAAAACAUUUACUGUGCCAUCCACCGAUCUGGAUGAAACGGGAUGCUGUAUUUAUUGUGCAAUAAAUGUUGUGGCUAAGAGAAAUGAA